AUGGGUCAGAAGACAAAUUACCUGACCUUUCUGGCACAAGACAUUCUUGGUUUUGGUAACCCUAGUACUCCUCCCCGAGUAGACCCCUCUCGCAGGCUUCGGAGUCUGGCUCCUGCAGCAAACAGCAUUCUACCUGGGAUGCCUGUCCCCAGCAUUCAUGUCAGGGUGUCCAUGUUGGGAAAAUUUACCAUCAUCAACCCUUGGCCCAGCAGGCCUCACAUGUCCCAGGAGGCUUUUCAUGCACCCACAGCUGAUCACGGUUUGAGUCCUACAGCCUCAGUGGGGGUUUUGACUGGGAGUAUUUAUCUAGGAGUUAACUGCAGCUAG